GUGACUUUUCUGCUUCAACAUUCUCCUGAGUAGUACUGUUUCGUUUGGCUAGUGAUACACGUAAAUAGAAGCCACUUAGAAGGAAAUGGAAAACAGUGACUUUCCUAGCACAUGCUGUUAUAUACUGAUACUAUCAUUCAGAAAAGAAAAAUUAUCUUGCACUCAAAUUAUUUCAUCGUCGGAUUAAAAGAGCUGAGGCUUGAGAACAAAAACAAAGUUGCUGGAAAACCACAGCAGGCCUGGAGCAUCUGUGAAGAAAAAAAAGUUAACGUUUCGGUUCUAACAAUGGCCACCAAUAUGAGGCACAGACGUGAUGCCAAUAAGCGUCCUCAAACCAUAAAGCGUUUCUUUACGAGCAGAGCUAUAAGUAACACAACAGUGAGACGAACUUUACAAGUGAUUCAGCCGCUUGCUACUUCAGAUCAACUUGUUGGCAGGCUAAAUGAGUCAUGCAAGCACUCUCCCAAAAGAAAACACUGGAAUGACGAUCAACCAAAGAGCUGCAAGAAAUCGCGCACACAGAUUGCUCAAGACACCACGGAAUGCAGUGAUGAGAAUUCUGAAAGCCAAGCCAUGACAAAAGAAGCAUAUCAACUUCUUGUAAAAGCUAAUCCAAGUUCUAUGUACUGGAAGGAAUUGGCAGAGCAGCGAAGGAAAGCCCUGUUCAAGGUUUUACAAGAAAAUGAAAGACUGAAUAAAGAAAUUGAACAUAAAGAUGAAGACAUUUUGAAAUUACAGAAAGAGAACCAGGAGCUUACAGAGUUGGCAGAGCAUGUGCAGUAUAUGGCUGAUCUGAUUGAGAAGCUAACGGCACAAGGUGCUGAUGAGCAGGAAGCUGAGUCGGAGCAGGAAGCUGAGUCGGAGCAGGAAGCUGAGUCGGAGCAGGAAGCUGAGUCGGAGCAGGAAGCUGAGUCGGAGCAGGAAGCUGAGUCGGAGCAGGAAGCUGAGUCGGAGCAGGCUACAGAAGGCACAUAUCUCAAUGAGAAUUCCGCAGUAGUGUCUGAUAAAGAUGAUUAGAUAUAUCAUAUUCCAGACUGCUUAGAAAGCUGCUGACACCAAAGGGGAGGGAGACUUAUUUCCCCUGCAUACAGUGCUGCAAAAACUGCCAGUUAUAUGAACUGCCAUCCUGGUCUUGAGUAUGAAUGGUCUUGUGGAAUGUUUCAUGCAUAUUUCGUUAAAUGCAUGUUUAAAAUAUUCCUUUUUUUGUGCCAGGAACAAUAAUAGGUAGUCAAAAUUGAUGGACACGGUUUUGUCUUUUGGCAUGUAAAUGCGUUUCAGGAAGAUGUAUAUUUAAGAAUUUAUGCUUUUAGUUCUCAUUUUAGUGUAUACACCAUUUUGUGUAAUAAAUUACUUUUUAUAAA